UGCAAAAAUAUCUGGGACGAAUGGAGGAAGCAUCGUAGUCACGUCACAGGCACUGAGAUAGGUAGUCUAGAUCAGUUGCAACUGGAGGAGCUUGCACACUGGCUAACCAUGUUCAUACUAGAGGUGAGAAGGAAAACAGUUCUAGCUUCAGGGCAUCACUAGACGCUGAAAUGUAGCGG